AGUGUUUUCUUUGCGUGAUUAGACAUAUAUCUAUAGAGGGCGGCACUGUUUGGGAGGUCGUAUUCUAAUUCCCUAUAUCUGGCUAACCGUGAUCAAAAUUUUCUUCAGAUAUAUCCGAGAGUUACUAUCUAUCGACAACGACAUGAAGCAACUGUUAAUCCUUACCGUGCUCGUCAGCGUUACGACGUUGGGAUUCUCCGCCCUCGUCGGUGACAGUCGUUACGGUGCACCCCAUUCGGGAAACGCCCUAGGUCACAGGGGCGGAAACGGAUACUCAGCUGGCGGACACUCUUCGAGGGGACCUGCAGCAUACGGUCAGAGGUCUCGCGGGUACGGAGCCCCCAGCUCCUACGGUGGUGGAAGGCAAUACGGAUCUGCUCCUGCAGCUCCUAGUCACUACUCCGCUCCUGCACAACACUACGGCGCUCCAGCUAACGCCGGUUACGGAGCAGCAGGUGGUGCUGGUUACGGCGCAUCUUCCGGAUCUAGUUACGGAGCACCAGCACAUGGUCCAUCCCACUAUGGCAGUCUGAAACGCAGUGGAUACCAAGCCCAACAACAACCAGCUCACAGCACCAGCAGCAACUACCCACAACAACAUUCUUCCUUCCAGCAACACGCCGAAAGCAAAUCCCAGACCCAUGGACGGGAAAUGAAAUACACCAUCCGGGAUCCCCACAGCAGAGGCACAACCCACGUGACCGAGACCCACGUUGUCAGCAACCGACAAAUGCAUGGAGCUGAAGCCGAAGCCGCUAUGAAGAAACUCAUGGGUUCCAUGGGUUCCGGUCCCAGCUACGGUGGCAGCAGCGGAUUCCCCGACCUAUUCAAAGACAUGGGCCUUCCCUUCUAUUAAGCGAUCUCGAUUUCCACGCUUUUCGAAAGCGCCACGAACAAUUUAAUUUAUUUAUUUUAAGUAUAUUAUUAUUAUUAACUAUACUUCCAGUACCUUUCACUAGUAUAGGUUUAGUGUGUGCUUAGGGUCAUUGUGUCAGAGAUGUUUGUGUUAUCCGUUAUCGUCAUAUUGAUACUCUUCGGUAUUUUUAAUAUCAUUGAUAUGUAUCUCAAAGAUGAAUUGCAAGAUGAAAAAUCAAAAGGA